CGAUUAGAUCAGUUUUAUUUCGAAGGUUUAUGAUGUUCGUGUUUUCGCAUUGAUACUGUUUGAAACAACUGUGGUCUUUACAUCUGGCUGGGAGCUCUUAGUCCUUGCUUGAAACUGGUAUCAUCAAGGAACGAAAGGUAAUUUUUAUUGAACUCGAUUGACUCGGAUCACAUUGUAAACAUUUACCUGUCUUUGAUUCGAUUCGGCGCGCAUACGAGACUUAAAACAAAAAGAAAGGUAUUGUGUGAUGUCUCGGGGAAACGGCCGUAGCAGUGAAAAAAGGGCAAAUUCUAAUUUAUUUGUCGCCUAUGAAGAAACGAACGGGGUCGUUAGAAGCACGAUUGCUUACACGGAAGUCAAAAGGAAAGCUGAUGAAGCAUUAUUCAAUACCAUGCGGUUGAAAUUUUCGAGAUUUAUCGAUGGUUUGAGAUUUUUCGAUGGUUUUGUGAACGAGAUUAUGAUUCUUCAGCGACCUGAAAGCGAUUGUGUGUAUAUUUUGCUUUCUAUUUUCUCCGGUAGUGAUUCUGUACGUUGUUCCCAAGCAAACCCCCUCAGUUGCGGAAAUGCAAAGCAGGGGAGAGAGAAAUCCUUUAAGAAAGGAUGCUAGAUUUGGCGUUAGGUCUGUCUACAGGCGAAUAGUUUCGCUUGAGUCUUUAUUUGACUGCAUUAGUUCGCUUCUCUUCAAGCGAGUGAAAUUCAUAACGAUUCGAUUGCAUAAUGUCUCCUUCUCGGGUGAGAAUGGCAGUUGUCACGAUAACGUGCGUAUGCCAGAGACGGGUCUGUAGCUGCAGGUUGCUGGCUCUAUACCUCUAGUUACAUACUCCGCAGAUUUGUUCUCACUUUUUCACUUUCUUGACCAAAUGUUAUGUUGUUUCUAAUAUGUCGAAUGUCACGCGACGUUGCAAUUCCAGGAAAAUCGCAAAACUCGUCAAAAAAUGCCAAAUUCAAGAAAAUAAGAUCAAUAAUUCUAAUUUAAAUUAAUCAUUCACAAAUUCAACGUCACUUUAAGGUAAGUAACCUAAAAAAAAGUAUUUCAAGACUUUGAAAGCUUUGAUAGCGGUUGUGCAGCCAUUUUGAGUGUUCCAGAGACAUGAAAGCUGUACAGUCAGCGAUCAACUUUACGUAGUAUCACUCAGUGUUCUUAUUUGCAUUUCUAUUUUCGUCAGUCACUGUCACGGGACAAAGUCUAGGGGAAUUAACCUCCCUAAAAUAGACUUUGAACAACCUCUGAAGCAUUUUCUGUGAAUAUGGUAUAGUUUACGUAAUUUAUCGCACAUUGCCCCACUUUAUAUCGCAUAUGUCAUUCUGCUCUGGAUCAGUCACAUUUGCCUUUACACCUCUCCGUUUUAUUACACAGCCUAAAAUUACUUCAGGCAACUGGUAUAACGCAUGGAGAUGGGAUCAACUAAAAUUAUUUUAAAAGACAAGUGAAACCAUGUGUCGCUAGGUGAUGCUUCUUGUUUUCUUUUUUACCAAUACAUACUGCUGAUAAGGAUGUGAUGAAGUUAUCUACUGACUUCAUGUACAGCUGGUCAGUGUAAUUUCAUGAACUGAAGUGAAGGCGAUUUAAUUUAAUCUUAAAGGUUAAUGUUUUAAAUUCUCAUUUAAAAUCUGAAUCAUUUGUUCCAAGAGUUUUACAUUAACCUUUUCUUUUACUAAUGUUAAAUCACAUGGUCAAAGUAAUUCAUGAAGCAUAAUAAUGUUCAAGAUACUUAUCUGCUCUACUCAUUUUCAGCUAAACAUGGUCAAGUAAAAAAAGUGCUGGCUUCAAAAGGUUCUGAAAUAUCCUUAACUGACUGAGGAAAUCGAGACACUCCAUGGAAGACUUUGUGGGGAACCGGAGUUAUAGAAGUGGUGGUGGCAGAGGAGCUAGAGGUGGAAGAGGACGUCCUUGGAGAGGCGGUAGAGGGGGUGCAAGGGGAGGGGGCAGAGGAGGGGGCAGAGGAGGGCGUGGUGCUUAUGGUGAUACGGAAACACGCCGUCCGAUAAGGCUUGGAUUCAAAGCACUAAAAGACUUACAGAGCAAGACUCCAGAUGAAAUUGUCCUCGAUUUGACAUCAAGUCGAUGCUUCCCGGCCUCUGAAUUUUUAUUGAAAGAGCAGUCUCCAAUGACAGAUGACGUUAUUGUCUUGAUUGUGAGCAUUCUCAGCAAAGCAUGCGAUUGCAGCUCGAAGGAGUACCUUAUUAAGCUGCUUAACCUACUGCCAGGGUCUUUAUUUCUCAACUUAAAUUUAAGACAACAUCUCAACAGCUUGUCCGCAAGCAGAAGGUCACCUUCUGACUUAGCAGAGUUCUUAAAAAAUGUGAUAAAAGUAAUGAAUGAACUGUUACGAAGAUUCCCAAAUGCAUACGCCGAUUUACCAAUACCCGAUCUGUACUGUGGAGCUAUGGUAUUGUCCGAAAAAGGAAAUUUGGAAGACGCAAACCUGAUGAAUGAAGUAGGUGAACUGAUGAAAUUGAAAACAGAGAAGGCUUCCGAACUGAAAAGAAAGGAUGAAGAGAGGCGACAAGGCAGAGGAAGAGUACGGAGAAAUGGUGAGAGAUGCGUAGUUUAAUCGCAAAAGAGUAAAAUAUUCUUUAUGCUGAUUGUCAUUUUUUUUAAUUUCUAGCCGGUGAGAACGAUGACUUAAACCCGCCCGAUGAUUUCCGACAUCUCAGUGUUAUUCCGACUCAAGAAGACAUUUUGACUGGAGAGAGACCCUUCCUCAGAAGGAACAAAGUCGACGGGAGCUAUCACGAUGCGGAACAUUAUUUGGAUGUGCAAUUUCGGCUCCUUCGUGAAGACUUCGUGAGACCCCUUCGUGAAGGGAUUGCCAAGUUAUUGGAACGUAUUGGCUCCGCUAAGAUUGGUGCUCUACAGGACAUACGGGUGUAUAAAGACGUCCAGUUGCUGUACCCCGUAUGUACCUCGAACGGACUCCAGUACAAAGUAAAGUUUGACAACACAAAUCUAAGGAAAGUACGUUGGGAAAACAGCAAGCGGCUUAUCUUUGGCUCACUGAUGUGUCUAUCUAAGGACAAGUUUGACAGUUUUGUGUUUGCAACCGUGGCCAAUCGAGAUCUCAAAGAUUUAAAACAGGUGACUGAAUUUAGUAUCUCAUGUUUGGUAGACAUCAGAUAUCAUGUAACUCAGCCCUCAUCAUCAUCAUCAUCAUCAUCAUCGUCUAUCAUAGUAUAUCAAAUCUGAUUGGUUCUCUCAUCGAAGUCUAUCAACAUUCUGUUAAUCUUUUAUCCGGUAAUAACUGCUUGUUUUUCUGUAGGGUAUAGUAGAUAUUCAAUUCAUCAAACUAUCUGAUAAUGUGAGACUUGAAGAGGGUGACGUGUAUCAGAUGGUAGAGAGUACUGUGUACUUUGAAGCAUAUCGUCACAUCCUUGAGGGCUUAAAAGAAGUCCAGCCACAUCAGCUGCCCUUACAGGUACCGUAUGAUCACAUGAUAAAAUAUCUUAUUAUCAUUAUGGUUUCUUACGCUGUAGUUCAGGAUUUGAUGUCAAACACGAAGAUCAGAGGAAAGAAAAUGAAUUGAUAAUAAGUAGCACUGUCAGUUACCUUUUGCAAUCCUUCUCAUAAAUCAGUCUAUUUUUCAAGCAUUUUUCCCCACACUCUGGGAAUUCUUGUCAUCUGUCGUUCAUCAAUUUCGCUACAAGAAAGUGUCCUAAAAUCCUGUGAUGUUGCUGCCUUCCCCUAACUGUCCCUCUCGUGCUUAAGCUACGUCAAAACAGCACUAUGCUGAAAAAUGCUUCUAAAGAAAUGAAUAUAAACACGGUCCUUCACAAUCUCGAUACUUUGUUGUAAUGUUCAUAAUAACGUCAACAAAAAUGUUUCUUUUUCCUUUGCUUCAACGCAGAGAUACAUCGUUAAUUGCCAAAAACAUGUUGAGGCACCGGCUUACCUGAGAAACAGGUUAAGAGGACAAGUGACAUUUGAUCUGACGCCGAUUAUGAAGAAAGGAAGCAACAGUGGCAGCACUGGAAGGUAUUAUGUCAGACUGAGAAACAAGUUAGUGUUUAUUAAAGUAAAUUGAUGAGGAGGGCCAACAAAUGGACUGAAUUGCGACUGGUGGUGCUUGUGAAGGGAAGAUGACGAGUCUCAGGAGAGAGGUGCAUUGUGGAUAUUGUCACUAAUUGGCCAAGUUCUAAAGACCACAUCGACGACCAUUAAGAAUAGGAGCUUUUAGAGCUUUUUUUCUACAGCCAUCUUGAUCGAUUCUUGAUGGCAAAACCUAGGUGGUAAAAGAUCUGCUAUGUGACAUUGAUGCAAAGUGAGGGAACACAGCGGACAUUGCUAGUUUUGAUGACCAAUCGAGAUUCUUUUACAUAUAAGAAAGUAGCUGGUAAAAUUGAUACAUGCCCCUCUAUUUGAAAAGUAAACUAUACCGAUUACUGUUUUUUUAAAGCAAGAAUUCACUAAGUGAGAUGAGGGCACGACUAACGCGCUUGAGUGUGAGGGAUGACGUGCGUAGAGGUUAGUCUGCUGUUUCAUACUGAUGUACAAAAAUAAGGCGUUAUCAUCUGUAUGCUGUCCUUUGUAUUCACUAACAUUGGUAUACAAACACAAUUUACCAUGAAUUCCUUUAUUUUGAAUCGUAGGAACUGAUGUGCCACUUCUGCACCUUGCUCACUGGCCAUCCGCCGAAGAUCUGGAACUAGAUAACUCUCAGUACAGGGCUUUGCAGAUGGCACUGACCAAAGAAUUCGCGGUUAUUCAAGGACCACCGGGCACUGGAAAGACGUAUAUCGGUCUGAAGGUAGAGUAAUCCUUUUGAACUGUUGUCGAGUCCUCGACGGAAUUUCCUAUUUUUUUUCUUGUCAUAAAGUUGUUCUUUAGCCGUGUGUGAUUAACCAUGAAAAGGGCAACUCUAGACAUGACCAAAACCAAAUCAAUAACAACAACAACAACAACAACUGAACACAAUAAAACUCUCCCUAGAGACCUCAUUCAUUUGGUCAUACUUUAAUCAAAUUAAUUUCUGCUUAAAAGAAAACAACAGUAAGUGCAAGCCAUACCAACAACAAUGAAGACUCAGAGAAAAUAUUCUUAGCCCGGGUUAGACGUCGCAAUUUCAAUUUUUCUAUUUUUGGUUGAAUAAGUAAUAUAAAUAUAUUUAUCAAGUGUAAAGUAAACUAUACACUUCGGUUUUACUGUUAUAACUUCCUAAAAAUGAUGCAAAAGUUGAGUUUCGGUCGGGCCUGCGUACCUUCUUGUAUGACUAGCGGUUUGAACAGUGAAGCAGCCAGAGAUGCCGCUGAUGUCGAACAGCUUACUGGCACGCCCCAUAAAGAUCCGGUCGACUCACCUUUUGGCCGCAGAACAUUUGAACCAUUCAUUGUUUGUCUCAAGUAAUAGUGUUUGUGUGUCGGUUUGGUCAGUCCUGAGAGAGAGAGAGCAAUUACAAAUUUAUUUUCAUUUAUCUUUUUCUUUCAAUUGUUCAUUUUAGAUCGCUAAUGUUUUGUUGCACAACAAGUUGAAGUGGGACACUGGUACUGAAUUUCUUGAUGACGAACGUGACGUUGCCCCUCUGCUGUCGGAGCGUCGCCCAUUUCUUGUUGUCUGUUACACAAACCACGCACUGGACCAGUUUCUGGAAGGGAUCCACAAGUUUCAUUCUGAGGGGAUUGUGCGGAUUGGAGGUCGAAGUCAGAGUGAGAUUAUGAAGGCGUGUAGUCUGUCAGAGUUGAAACAUCGCAUGCAUAAGGUGAAGAUGCAACAUAUGGCGGAAUUAUGUGAUUGGUUUUUCUUGUCUGCGUAGUUGUGGUGAAGUGAGCAGUGGUGCAUCGUUUCCGAUCGUUUGUUUAUUCAGUCGCUUAGAUGAUAUUCGUCACUUAGGAUAUGUAGGUGAACACUAACUUUACAAAUGUGGAUAACCCUACCAAGUAUUUUUGCCGCUUACAAACCUGACGCAGUUACACUUACUGAACCCGAAAUGCUUUCUUACUGCUUUGGAAUAAAAUGGAAACACUAACACCCUUAUUUUUUUUUCUUUAUUGUUUACCGGGCAGGAUAAAAAAGCUCCCUUGCACAUCAGAAGGGCUUACUAUGAUGCUCAUCAAGAAAUGGAUCACACCACGACAAAGCUGCAAGGGGCUGCUGAAGAUCUUAAGAAAUGCUAUGAAAACGUGCUGCACGAAGACGCUCUGCAUCAACGCGUCCCCAGCAUGACCAGUGCGCAUUACGAUUCUUUAAGACAAGUUUUUGUGGGUAGAGGCGGACACAAGGAAAGCGCCAUGUUGUAUUGGCUGCAGCUAUCUCUUAACACGGCAGAUCCUGGACAAGGAGGUAACGACAUUUUGAGUUACUUUCGAGUUACUUUCGAGUUUGCAUGUGGAAACAGAGCCCUUUUCGCUACCGCAACUGUAGCGACAUUUAGAAAAUGCUCACUUUUAUCGUGUAAACAUCGAUGAACAUGUAGUCGCUAUUGUAAAGGUUUCAUUGAUAGGUUCAAGGAUUGUAUUCUAUUAGGCUCACAAUAAUAUGAAUAUGCGUCAGAAAGAAUACCAACAGUAGUUAAUUUUAGAGAGUAAAAUGCCAAAAUUAGCUUUAAAGAUGCAGUGAAAUUCAAAUACUUUCAACAUAUGUUACUUUAUUUCUAUCCGCAGCUUUACAGCCUGUUGCUGUUCUUCCACUCAACAAGCAAAGCGCUGGACUGGAACUAGUUUCUCGAGCUAAUUUAGCCAUCCUAAAUAACGUCACAUGGUCCACGGGUGAGAAGGGUUCCUUGCAACUGUCAGGGGCACCUAACUCAUUUGUGAUGAUUCCAAACCAUCCCGGAAGUGAUCUAGACACCAGAACGUCAAUCACGAUUCUGUUGGACGUGUUCCCAACCGGAAUCAGAGGAUCAAUCCUGAGUUUUCACGAGGAUGGCCUUGGGACUCAAAUAAGUCAAGAAGGCGUAAUUGAUGGGAGAGGAAUCCUCACAGCACGAUUUGUACGGAGAGACAUAACUCAUCCGCCCGCUCUUGCGAAAGCUGUGUUAAAUAUGAAUUCCUGGAACUUCAUUGGAGCAUCUUAUGAUCAUGAGACCGGCAUCGCACGCUUAUGGCAUGAUGGAAACGAAGCGGAAGCUAAGUAUCUUGGCAAGAAACAGGAACUUGCAACUCAGUUCUCUAUCAGGAUUGGAGCCUUAGAAAACGCUGGAAAUGCACGAUUCUUUCGAGGAAGAGUCGCGAAUCUUCGCAUAUUUGCAGAACCCCUCGGAAAAGAAAGUAUUGUGACUAUUGGUGGAAUUGUCGCGCAAGGUAAAUUGGAUUUGUUUUGAGUUCAUUAGAACUAAGAGAUACACCUUUAGGUUCUGAAAUUCGACUUCCUUUUCCUAAAGCUUUCUAUACUGGCUAAAUAACCCAUUUUGCUGGGGCGUAUUCCGGUUCCGGUUCCAUAGCUAGAGGUUUGGACUGAUUGUUACUCUUCUUGGAUGGGAUGCUGUUACAUCACUAGUUACCCCAAACAUUUUUUCGUGUUUCCCAGACAGCUUAUUGAUAUUUUAACUUUAUAUUUUUGGACGGGGGGAACCAAGUAUCUUGCUGAAGUGCGCAUAGUUACCUUUCCAGUGCUAAACCUGGCUUUUCAAUUCGCAUUCCGAUGCGAUAACAACAGACCAUCUCUUAGCAAGUGUAUUGAUUAAUACACAGAAAUGUUAACUGGGUCUGCACUCUCAGAAUCGCGCGUGUGGUCGCGGAGCUUGGUGGCGAAAGGCCAACCUUAAACACUUUUGUAAGACUAGGGGUAUAUUUUCCUUUUUGUUCUAUGUUUAGAUGGAGCAACAGCAGGAGCAGGAGCAGAAGCAGAAGCAGAGGAAGUAGAGGAGGAAGAAGAGGAAAAUGAAAACACAGAUGUGUUGUAUGAAGCGGAUGUUAUGCAGGACCAGAGGGUCUUAGACAUUGAUGACAUCAAAGUGUAUGGUUCCAAAGUAAUACCGGGAAGUGGACAUUUGAAAGUUGUGGACCCUUUUGCUUUCAGCAAAGGAGCUGAAGGAGAAUGGCAAAUUCAGAAUCCUGAAAAAAUGAAAAAGAAAUUAAAGAGGAAUAUGGUUCUCGAACUGAGCAAGAAAGAUGUCAUGCAAGCUGCGACAGCGAGAGCGGUGAGCAUUUUCGUUCUCGAUUAGUCUGAGUUUAUAUUCAUCAGAGACCAAGAAGACGUGGUCAUUGUUAUAGCACUUUUUGAUUGAGUGUCGUACAACCAUAUCCAAAGUAAUUACAGCGGCCAAUCAGGAGAAGGGAAAAUACUCUGAAGAGCCAAUGAGAGAACUCAAAUUAAAAAACAGAAAACUACCCAAGCGCAGGAAAACGGGGGCUAUCAACUCGUGAUUGGUGUUAGUUUUGCGUCUGAUUUGUUGAUAGAAUGGCGCGAUUUUUUUGGGCCAAUCUCAGAGCGAGGUAAAGGAAACCCGAUGCACUCCCGAAACACUUUCGACACUCAAAUGAUUUCGUCGCCCUAUGAUUUAAAUAUGUGGCAAAGUCCAAAUUAAUAUACCCAGUUAAGAGUGAAUUGCUACAUCAGCUUUGGCCUGCUCUCGAAGUUUGCUACUAAACUUUAUCGAUGAGAACUUCGAUUGCUAUGGAUGCACUGAUCUAAAAAUAAAAUUUUAACUUUUAUUGAGCCUUUUCAGAGAGCUAAACAGUCAAGGGAACUUAGUAAAUAUAACAUAACACUCAUCAACCAGGUAUAAAGAAAUAACGAGGCUGAGUUGAAAAACUUAUCUGUUGUUGAUUAACCCAGGUUCAAAAUGUCUGGAGUUUGCGGCCGAAAGAUCGUUGGCGCCUGUAUCGCCGAUGGCUGACGGAUCUGGCGGAGGGUUACCGUCGCACUAUCUCAAUGUUCCAAGAGAAAUUUGAAGAAGGAGCCAAGCGACUGAAGGAUGUAAGAAACAUGGAAGAUUUUGAGAUACUCAAGAACGCUGAUGUCGUGGGCAUGACAACUACAGGUAAGUUGUAUGGCUUUUGCUAGUAAUUUAUCCAGUGAUACACAGUUGUGCUUAGAGAAAGACUGUGCAACAAUAAGCAAUUAUUGGAUGAAGUGGGCAUGAUAUCAUGAAUUAUCAAUGCCGAAGUUUGAGUUAUCUGCCGAAUCCGAUGGCUUUAUUUGUGAUAUCACACGAAAACCGAAUACAAUGAUUGUUUUAUUAUACAUUUUUAAACAAUCUGCAAAAGAAAAAAGACACUUCCCUCUGAAUUUGCAGUAGUUUGAGAACACUAUACGGAUAAGGGGCUUAGAAAAUAGGCAGACAUUGAACUCGACAUGAAAACCCAAUAUCUGCUGCAGAAAUUGGGUUAUCAUGCCAACUUCACACGCUAUUGUAUAUUGACUAUAUGCUCUUGACCAAUCAGAGUUUUCAUAGUAAGUCUAGUGCAUAAUUAUUUCAGAUGCAAGUAAACGACUUCGUCGAAUACUUUGUGUCUGUGGUUUCGUUACUGAGCAUUAUAUAUAUAUAUAUAUAUAUAUAAUAUGUAUGAAUUACGAAUGCCAGAAGAAGAAAGAAAAAAGCAUCAAAAUUAUUCAAUACCAGUAAUUUUCCAAGGACAUUGACUUUUUGCUAAGGUUGCAGUAACAUUUUGAAUAGGUGAAGGUAACGUUAGCAUCUAUGGAGCAGAUUUUUAGGCUAAUUAUAGCCAUACAAAAAUAGUGUAUAUGUAGUAAAUCAUAUUGCGAAUAAGGUGACAAGUGACGAAUGGAUCUUCACUGGUUAACAGCUAUCUUCUGAAGUCAGUGCAUUUCCAUUUCCUAUGUAUUAAUGAACGUUUGCUGUGUCUGGGAAAAUUUGUAAUACUUCCACAAGAUUUUUCCCAGCAUUCCCUAAGUAAGCCUUACUUACUCGCAGCAGUUUUCAAAGGUCACCAGUAUACGAGGGUGACGUUAUGAUAAGUUUAGAUUAUUGUGAAUAUCAUGUAGACAUUUACUAAUGGUGUGACCUUGUAUUUUAGGCGCUGCAAAGUAUCGUAAACUUUUGCAAAGACUGCGUCCACGUAUAACUAUUGUAGAAGAAGCCGCUGAAGUACUGGAGUCACACAUUGUCACAUCGCUAACUCCCGGAUGCCAGCACUUGAUUCUGAUUGGUGAUCAUCAGCAGCUCCGCCCCAACCCUACAGUUUACGAACUCGCCAAGGAUUACAAUUUGGACGUGUCACUCUUCGAGAGAAUGGUGAAGAAUGGAAUGCCCUAUGAACGAUUGCGAUUACAGCAUCGAAUGAGACCUGAAAUUUCUAAAAUGCUGGAGCAUAUCUACUUCAGUCCAAAAUUGGAGAACCAUGAAUCAGUUAUGAAUUUUGAGAAUAUCAAGGGGGUGGCCCGCAACAUGUAUUUUGUUGACCACGCUGAGAGUGAGGUGAGUGAGCGAUUUUUUAUAUGAGCUCUGUUAGGUUAACAGUUACGCUAAUAAAAAAAAAUUAUUUUGAGCGUGUGACUAAGGAAACAUAUGCUAAAAACAAUGAUGUCAAAAUAUUGAGAGGAAUUGGAGCACUAUUAUAAAUAUGUAAAUGGUAGCAUCUUAAAUGGGAUUUAAAUUGAAUACUUUAUUUGUACAGGUGUAAAUGCCUCAUCAGAAAAAUUAAAAACAGCGUUUCGCGGGAUUUAACCCCUUUAGUAAAUUUGACAACGAAGAUAUAUCUCUCAGGCAUCUGAGGCCGGCGUCAUGUCAUAGUUCCAUCUCAUUGUCUUACUGCUGGAGAAUCAAGGUUCAUUAAGUGCCUGAAGGGAGCAUUUGACAUACUGAUUUUUUAUUGUUAUUCAACGUUCAGCCAUCCUUUUCUUUUUACGCAGGAUUUUUUGGAGGAGGGAAGGAGCAGGUCAAAUGAACACGAAGCCAAAUUCCUUGCUGCCCUUUGCCGCUAUUUUAUUCUUCAAGGCUACCAAAGAGAGCAGAUCACAGUCCUUACAGCCUACACUGGGCAGCUAAUACAGCUCAAAAAAGAAAUGCCCAAAGAUUUUUUCCGUGGAGUUCGAGUCUGCGCAGUGGAUAACUUCCAAGGAGAAGAAAACGACAUCAUUCUUCUAUCUCUGGUUCGAAGCAACGAAGAAGGUAAAAUUGGUUUCCUGCAGACGGAAAACAGAGUUUGUGUGGCGCUCUCACGAGCAAAGAAAGGGUUUUUCUGCAUCGGUAACAUCAGUCUUUUAGAAACAAAGAGUCAAUUAUGGAAAAAAAUAAUGAACGACAUGCGUCAGCGCGGCAAUGUGGGAGAUGCUUUGCUACUUACGUGCCAGAACCAUCCCCUAAACGUGAUACAAGCAUCACGCGCUGAGGACUUCAAGAAAGCACCAGAGGGAGGCUGCACUGUUCCAUGCUCGGCAAGACUCGAGUGUGGUCACGUGUGCGAGAUGGUGUGUCAUCCAACAGACCCAGAGCACAAGGAAUACCAGUGUAAAAAGCCAUGUGCUAAGACUAUCUGUAGUCGGAAUCACAAGUGUCGCAGGAGAUGCUAUCAAGAUUGCGGGCCUUGCAUGGAGCUUGUGAUGAAACGCCUACCAUGCGGUCACACCCAGAACGUACCUUGCUCUAAAAAUCGUUCUGAGGCUCAGUGCCAGUCACCUUGUUCCAAGAUUCUGCGCUGUGGCCAUGAUUGCGCCAAUAAGUGCUGUGAAGAGUGUACUGAGAAGUGCACCGCUGCUACUAAGAAAAAAUGGGCGUGUGGACAUGAAAACAGUGUCGAGUGCCAUGUGAAUCCACGGUACAGUCCAUGUAAGGCACCUUGUGGUGUGACUUUAAAGUGCGAUCACCCCUGUGGUGGUAAGUGUGAGUUCUACGUACUUUUAUACCCAUUGGGAAAGCGGGUAUUUUUUAAAGUCAAGUCAGAAUUAAGAGGUUUCAUUUUCAAGUCUUUCUGAAACAUGGCCUAAAUAUUUUGAAUACCUAUGCUGAUGAAAGUUACUAAAAAGAAAACGUUUAAGGGUAAAAUUUAAAUGUUUAUUUCUAUUUUUUCGGACUUGGAAUUGAAAAGAAAUAAAAUGAUUACUGAGGGAGUUAAAACGGAUUUAAGACUGAUGAAAGAAUAUAGAAAAUUAUGAAACAAUUUGAAAUGGAGAAUUUAUUUUAUAUGCUUGGUCCCGGUAACAAUCCUCUACUUUGAAAUUUGUAGACAGAAGUAUUGUUUUAAUUCUUACUCAAUGUUUUCACAUUAUAUGCAGGUAGUUGCAGUGAUUGUUUACGCGGUCGAGUUCACCAACCUUGUAAGGCAGUGUGUGGCCGCACACUGUUUUGCGGACAUAACUGCUCUGAACCCUGUACUAAGAAUUGUCCGCCAUGCAAGGAAAAGUGUGGUAACUACUGCAAGCACAGCAACUGCAAGAAGAAAUGUGGCGACCCUUGCGAACCAUGUAACGAGAGGUGUGUUUGGCAGUGCCCUCAUUACAGGUGCAAAAAAUUAUGUGGUGAGUUAUGUGAUCGCCCUCGAUGCAAUGAGCCAUGUCCAAGGCUCCUUCGAUGCCGUCAUCCUUGCAUUGGUCUCUGUGGGGAACCAUGUCCAAGGAAGUGCCGAGAGUGUCAUAAGGACGAAGUCACAGAAAUCUUUUUCGGUACCGAAGACGAACCAGACGCUCGAUUCGUUGAAUUGGCGGACUGUGGUCACGUGUUUGAAGUGAAAAUGAUGGAUCAGUGGAUGGAUCAGGCCGAAGUCGCGCAGAAUGGGAAGCCUGUUGAUGUUCAACUUAAGCUCUGCCCAAAGUGCAGGGUUCCGAUUCGUACCAGUUUAAGAUACGGCAAUAUUGUCAAGAAGAUGCUCGCGGACUUCGAAAAAAUAAAACGGAAAAUUUUACUCAGUAAACGGCAGCGGGAACUUAAAGUAUCGAUUCCUUGUGCAAAUGUGCAGAAGAUUCACGAGUUCCCUGAAGACCGGGACAAAAUUGCAAAAUACCUCGACUCUAAGAAUCUGACGGAUGAACAAGUGAAUGUGUGUGAGAAUCAGAUCAACUUGUUAAUUUUCCUACAGACUCUUAAAGAUAACAUCGAAAAAGGAAGAGAGGCGGAAGAGGGGAGAGCGAACAGAUUUUCCGCUAGAUAUUCCUUCUUGGAAACGAAGGAAGAAUUAGACGGUGUCAUCGAUAAGCUCCGAAACCGCGUGAUGAAGAUUCGGGUUCGCUUCAGCGAUCAAGAACUGGAAGAGCUCAAAGAAGAAAUGUACAGGACACAGCUUCUUAUCGACUUCAAAAUGCUUAAAAUGCAACUCAACAACCGGGGCAAAACUUUAGAACUAAUUGAGACCGUAGUGUUAGAUCGUGUUGAAAGAGCAUUGGAUUCUGAAAAGAAAAUCGGUAAGGACACAGAAAGAGAACUAAAAUUUGGAACGAUUUCAUGUCUCUUUGAAAUCUCAAACCUUUUACUUUUUUUCGUAUACCGCAAUUUGCGAAAGAUGAUAGAAGAGUAAAGCAUUAUCUUGAAUGAUAGACUAGCCUUUCAAGUUUUUAGAGCAACGUAUAAUAGCCUUAUACUGUUUCAAACAAACUUGUUAACCUGGCUGGAAAACUUUACUCUCUGCGCAUUUCUCCUUCCUAAACUCGGUAAAAUACUGACUGGACGCUGCUCAUGGGACAACAGAGAAAAGAGGAAAUGGGGUAGCCACGGAAGUGUGAUUUGUAGUUUGAGUGACUUAAUUACCCAUUUAACCACAGUUGUACUUUCCCAGAAACUUUAGCGAGAUGAGUUUUCUUUCCAUUCGUUUCUUUUCUUACAUAACACGAAAACUGUUACUAAGUUUUUGUUCAAAUACGGUAAUGGGAGUGGAUGAAAAGUGGAAAAAUUAAAAGAUGUCUGCUCAACUGACCUUUUCAGAACGAAAGCAUCGAGAGGAAUACAUGUCUCGAAUCAAACGGAUCAGACGCCGCCAAAAUCUCGAAGUUUACUACCAGACGGUUACAAGAGAAGAAAAAGAUCUGAUCGUGAAGGCCAUGGGAAUGACACAGGGACACUGGUUCAAGUGUCCAAAUGGUGAGUUUGAAUGACACAAUUUUAGCCCUAUGAACUUUCCUUGAAAUUUUCUUAAUCUUCCUGGAAAACCUUAAUAGGAGAAAUGGAAGAAUUUCUCAGGUUGUUUCUUUCGAUCACAGCUAAAUUUUGAACAGAGGAAGGGCUGCAAAGAAGUGAACAUAAAAUCAUUCCUUCUUAAUUUCCUUGCAUGGGCUGAUUGAUAGAUGAAAAAGGCUUGGCCAUGGAUUUGUUCUGUAAGGAACCGAAUGGUGACCAAGCUUCUAAAGGGAGACGUCAUCAGUGCAUCAAGCGCGUAAGGCGUCCAAUCGGUUUCUUCAGAUCACAAGAUACUGAAACUCGUAACAUCUAAAAUACUUUCCUUUAAACGCCUCUUUUUGUUUCGCUUAUUCUUUAAGGUCACAUUUACUGCAUUACAGAAUGUGGUGGAGCAAUGGAAGAGGGCAAGUGUCCAGAAUGCGGCUCGAGAAUCGGAGGCCUUAAUCAUCAGCUGCGAUCUGACAAUCAGUUAGCUAGGGACAUGGAUGGGGCACGAUAUGCAGCCUUCUCUAACAUGGCUAACAUUCAAAACUUUGAUCCUCGCGACUUUAUGUAGAUUAGAACUUUUAAGUGUUAUUUUUGCGGAUUAAUUUAACCCUUCUUUUAAAGGUUAUUUUCCUUCGUUAUUGACGGAUAUUUAAGUGAGGGAUAGUAAAAUUUGCUAAACUACGGGUGAAAUUGAACCAUAAUCCCAACAUAGCGUUUGAAAAAGGAAAUAAUCUAAUGCGCCAAAAUGGUUACAACUCAAAUUUGUGGGAAUCUUGCAGUCAGGUACCAUGAAGAUGGAUAGAGUCUUUACCUUCGACCCUCAUAUAGUCAGGCAGUAAAUCGAAAAGUUUGUUGUUCUAGGUUUUCAUCAGUUUCUACGAAGAGUUUAUCAUUGUUCUUAACGAAUAAGUCACCAUGAGUUUAAGACGAAAAGAAAAACAAAGAAUUAAUUGAAAUAGUUUCUGCCCAAGUGAAAGCUCCAUAAUGUCGGAUUUCCAAUUUGGUUUAUUGCCUGAGACACAUUGUAUCAAAUAAUGCGUUAACAAGUCCGGGCUUUGAUUGCUCUCAAUGAAAGGGAUUUGAUUUUACAUAGGCCGAGGGCGGUACUCAAGACACAGGGCACAAUUUUUUCCAAUACGGACUGACCUAGGCUGGUAAAUAACAUUUUCAGUUUUUUCCAUAAACUUUACGAAAUUCUUUCCAAAAGAACCCGAAUGAUUUAGGGCUGUAAUUGCGGCAAGAUAUUCUAUAAACUUAACAAUUUUUGACCGAGUAAAUGGUACUUGAAAUAGAGGUUAUGCAAAUUAAAGAGAGAAGCUUCACCAAAACAUUUUCAUUUGCGUAGUGAUAAAGGUGAUUUAAAAGGCUUCCAAACAAACUUUAAACAUUAUUUUUACAAGUAUCUGUCACAAACUGACACCUGUCCAUUUGAGAGCGCGUAAGAAUAAAAAGUGCAUGUGCAUUUUUAGAAAAACAACGGAACUAGUUCAGUAAGGAUUGUCAAGACAAUGUUUUCUUCAAAAACUGUCAAUGAUCCCACGGAAAGUAUUAUUAACUCUCAUCGACGAUUAACUAAUGUGCGAAGAUUUACCUCUGAUCAGUAAGUAAAUGGCGAAGAAUGUAAUUGUAAGUAAAGUCAAAUUAUUUAGUUUGAAGUUGUGAGAGUUUGCUCUUUUUUUUGCUGCAAUGGCGUGUGUAAAUUUGGUCUUUCCUCCACAAAAACUUAAUUCGAAUGAGACAUUUCAACUAGACACAAGAGAAUUUAAUGCGUCUUUUUCUCGUUGAAUUCAUUCAGUUUCUGCUGUACAAUUUGCGGUACAAAUGUUCAAAUUGAGUAGACUUGGAAAGACUUACCAAAAGCGUAUUUGAAGUAGAACUGAAAACUUCGCUCGGCCUUUUCACUACAAACAAAUUUUUUGAGAGAAUUCAGAUACUUAAUGAAUGAAUGUUCCAUCUAUUAACUCAAUUGUAACCAAAUACCUCACGCUUUAACUUUCUAUGUUCUUUUUGUGAAGGAUUGAAAUUACUGAACUACAGACGGUUUUUAGGCCAAUUUAAUGACACUUUUGCUUAUCCACAUUCAUUUUGAAACCAGUAUUUUUCUGUCGACCAAAGUGAUUUGAGAGAGAAAAAAAGAGAGGAUUAACAAGUUAUUUAUCGGCUCGAGGUGGUGACCGACGUCUUUGCUUAAAAAUACUGCUGGACCAGCCGGAAAAACGAGAUAAAUUUAUGAAAAAUGGCAGCGAAGGUAAGGAUAUAUUUGGCGACUCACGAAAGCGUUGCCGUGCCGUGGGCCGAGACCACGCUAAGAACCGGACCGCGCUAAGAACCGAUAACAUUGUAGGAUUCGUUACCGUGCCCACUGAGAAAAAAUAAACUAUUUUAUCGAGGAGAAAAACUGAUUUACAGAACUACGUAUAAUGCGGCAGAUUCAAGUUGUACAUACCACAACACGGAAAAACCUGUUCUCUGAUCGGAACAAUUUUUGUUAGAAGCAAACAUUGAGGCUGUAGUCACAGAGACAUAUAUUCGACGUAAGGUAACUAUGUUUAUUCAAUUUCCUGUCUAUACACCGUAAUCAGAGCAAUUUUCAAAACGCCGAUUAUAUUAAAAUAUUUAUAACCUGAAUUAGGCCUGGCUGAACGUGGAAAUAUUUGGCUAUUGGUUAUAGCGCAUGGACCUCACCACGCUCGGUGCGUACGUCAUGAACUUGAGCCAAGUAUUUUCCUGUCCGGCUCUACCACUCAGAUAUUGAGUCAAUUUCCUUUUCGCUUUCCCCCUUUCCUUAUUAGUGUCUACCUAAUAUGUAGUGUUUGUCUAUUGAAAACCUCUAAAACAGGUUCAUAAUUGCACACGGUAUCGUAUUUGGCCGAAUUCCAUCCAUUUAAUCUGUCGUGUCUCAUCUCCAUUUCUCCACGGCGUUGCUGUAACUGGUCUGCAAACAUAAUCAAGUGGCUACCACUCCUGAAAUAGCAUUGGAACUCCCGUUUUAUUUCAACAUUGAAACCCUUCAGAGUCAAAGUUUAACUAAAAGCUCGGUUCAGGCUCUCUGUCAGCGGAAGUAACCUCAUAAUUUCCUAUUUCCCGGAAGAAAGCUUUCGCUUUCUAAGAAAUUUUGCUGCAUUUUAAUUGGCUCUCGUUUAGUCGCUCCUAUAGCGAUAGUUCUACAUCUGUGCUCUGGAAAAAUCGUAUGAGGAGGUUUAUCAUGCAACAGUGAUAUGUGACGAUUGAACAAAAACCAAGCUGUCGUGUAAUCCUUCACAAAAGUCGUGGCUUGCCUAUGUUUGUUGGCUUCGUCUAGCAUUUGAGGUAAUGCGGAGCUAAAACGUAUGCGCAAAUAUUCAAGUAUCCGAAUGUAAUAUUGCAAUCAAAAUAUCUAGAGUAUCUGAGCCGGCAUUACGAAAUUCAUUACAUAGUUUAUAUCUAGAUCUCACUUCGCUAACUUGAACCUUAUCUAUCAGUGCCGAAUCAGAGUGUAAAGAGUAGAGAGAGAGUUAUACAUACAAUAGAAGUUAUCGGCAAUCUCAAACUUAGCUACCACUAUCUCGCAGGGGAUCAAUUGCAUAGAAAUUCAAGACUUAGUUUGCAUAGACUGUUAGCAAAGCGCUACCUGUGCCACCUCUAGCAAACACAUACAAUGUGCAGCACCUUUUAUCCGAUAGAGAGUGGAAAUAGGUCGGCGAAAUAAUCAGUUUGCCAUUGCUGUAAAGAGCUUUAGGUUGGCCUUCGUGCAUAUUUAAUUAUAUUCUUUAGAGUAACAAUGUGUAUGAUGUGUAUGACGGAUUUAAAAUAUAUGAAAUGUAUGACUUGUGACCAAAUUUUCGAAAGUUAACAAGUUAGCUCGAAUCUUGAAAAUUGGAAUGGCUUGACGUCAGGCCGGUCAUGAUGAUGAGAACACUCCAUCCAAGCCGGAAAUAAAGAAAUAUGCAAAACAUCUUGUUAUGAUCUUCUCGAAGUGAGCGUCAAAUUUGCUCGAAAUUUGUAAACUGAUCCUAAGAGUGAAUAUCUGCGGGAUAACCCGGUUUUAUGAGCUAAGAUCAGGAACUGUCAUCAGGAAUCGACAUCAGGAAUCGACAUCAGGAACUGUCCGGAACAGUUUCGCUGACAAAUCGUCGAACGAAAUCCCAUUUUUAUUUAAUUAUUUUUAUACAAAAGUUAAUAUGGCGCGUGUCCAAUCGAGUGGUUGAGUGAAAUUUUGCUAACCGUCGCUUAAGGAUUCGUUCUUAGAACGGAAUACGGAUAUCUCAUGAUGUGGGUGUCCAUUUUCAACAUGUAAAUAUCUGACACGUGGCAGUAGUCACAUACGUUGUUGAUAAUCCAGAAUGCUUUUGUACUGAUCUGGUUUUAAUCCUUUAACUCCUAUGAGUGACUAAGACAGAAUUUCUCUUCACAAUAUCACUCUAAAAUCAACCAAAUAACUUAUGAGAUUAAAGAAAAAUAUCAAUUUGAGGAUAACUAGUUGAUGCAAUACUAAAUUAUCUGAACGAACGUUAUAAGAAUUUUAUGGUUGAUAGUGAGGAGAAUUACACAAUUGAUCUGGGAGUUAAAGGGUUAAAGCAAUGACUUUCGUGCGUUCUGUUGUAAACAUUAUAACUGAUUACCAUGGCUUUUAUGCGUAGCUUGUAGAGUUCUACAGGAUCAUAGAUCAGAAAAUGUCUCUUUAUUUACGCAAUCAAUACAUAAAAGACUCUUGAUGCAUAUUGAUGCCCGGUAUCUUUUAUUUGUUCAUGGUAGGAGUAUUUUUAACUGAACAAAGAAUCUCCACAUUUUUUGAACAGUGCUUGCCUUGUUAAUCUUAUUCCCAAUCCUUCUUUAUUGUAUUUAUACCUACAUAAAAUGAAGUUGCUAAAAAGCCUGAAUUGUCUGUGAUCAGAACUGAUACAAACUUCUACCUUGUUACAAGCACAUGCGCGAAUGGGAGGGUAAAUGCCGAUCAACGCUAUGGUAUUUACUCGCCAGAAUUCAGAACGUUUUUGUGUUAGAUAUGGAUAGCUGUUCUUUGAUACCAAGUGAAUGACAUACUUUUUUUUAAUGAGAGGGGUCAUUCACCCUCCUAACCCUUAUGCAUUUAUUUUCUAAGUACUGCAUAAAAGUUUUCAAAUUAAAAUUUCAACAGUGAUAUUAUUUGCCCGUUGUUAUGGCUUGAUUUGUCCUUUGCAUGUAGGACUAUUAUCGUCGGUCUUUCGGAAUUUUUGGUUGUCGAAUAAGGAGAGAUUUAAAAGUUCCGCAAAAGGUUUGGUAGCAGAGACCUUCUGAUUUCAUAGUUGGAAGGCAUAUGUGAAAUUCACUUUUUAACUGAGUGAUCUUCCUCUUAUUUUUGUCAGAAACAUCCUAAUGGAGCAAACCAGAGAAAUUUGGAAAGGACGAGAAGAUCAUAGAGGGAGACGAAAUGGAGGUUGGAGAGGUGGUUGGCGUGGCAGUGGUAGAGGUGGUGGCAGGGGCGCUAGAGGAAAAGUUGGUGGAGCCAUCGGAAAUAGCAUAGGGCCGGAAGGUACAUUGGAUGUUAAAAGAGAAGCUGAAGAGGUGACUGGUAGUAGUUUGCCCGCUGGGAAGGGAAGAGGGAGUUGGAAAGGCUGUAAGCGGGGUAGUCGGGCAGGUUUUGGAAGGGGCGGAGGAGGAAGAGGAAGUUGGAGAGGUGGUUGGAAGAGUAGUGCUACAAAUGGUGAAAGGGGUGAUGGAAGAAGGGCUGGAGGAGACACUGGAAGUAUUCAGUCUGAGGGACAAUUAAAAUUCAAGGACCUUCAGAAUCUGAAGAACAAAAGCCCAGACGAGAUUGUUCUCCAUUUGACAUCAGAAAGUUGCUUUCGUUCUAUCGAAUACUUAGUCAAAGAGCAGUCAACAAUCACAGACGACAGCGUUGUUUUAUUAAUAAACAUUUUCACGAAAGCCUGCACUAGCAGAAGCAGGGAUGAUCUGUACAAACUGCUAAGUCAAUUACCGGGGUCUUUGUUUCUCAAUUUGCACCUGAGGCGCAACCUGAACAGGCUCUUUGUGGAUCAAAUCCCGCCUUUUGAUGUGGUUGCGUAUCUAAGGAACGUUAAGCAAAUGAUGAACGAAUUGCUUCAAAGAUUUCCAAACUCUCACUCUGAUCUUCCUUUGUCAGACUUGUAUUGUGCGAUCAGGUUGGCGUUCGAUUCGGGGCAAUUGGAAGAUGAAGCACUCGUGAAAGGGGUGGAUGAAAUGAUGCAAAUGCGAAUCGAAAAAGCUGAGGAGUUGAAGAGGAAAGAGGAAGAGAAAAAGCAAAGGAAAAUGAAACCACGGAGAAUUGGUAAGAAUCCUACAUUCUUUUUAAGAUUCAUUUUGCCCUUUAUAAUUGUACGUUUUUGUUAUCAAACAAAUCUUUCUCUCUCUCAUAGCCGAAGACAACGAUGACGUCAGUCCACCCGAAAAUUUCCGAUGUCUUAGUGUUGUUCCUACUCAGGAGGACAUCUUGAGAGAAGGAAGGCCUUUCAUCAGAAAAAACAAAGUUGGUGGUGCUUACAAAGACGUGGAACACUAUUUAGACGUACAGUUUCGACUCUUACGAGAGGAUUUCCAGCGGCCUCUUCGUGAGGGGAUCACAAAGUUGUUAGAGUGCUCUUGCUCCCACAAGAUUGGUACCUUACAGGACAUACACGUUUACAAUGGUGUUCGCUUACUCUACCCUGUAUGCACGUCCCAUGGUAUCCGUUACAAGGUUGAGUUUGACAACUCUAAGCUCAAAAAAGUACGGUGGGAAAACAGUAAACGGCUUAUCUUCGGCUCUUUGUUGUGUUUGUCCUCAGAUCAGUUUGAAAGCAUUGUGUUUGCAACGGUGGCCAACAGGAAGCUCUCCGAGAUAAGAGAAGUAAGUUGAACAUAGUGGAUGAAAAAUAAAUGAACAUUACGUGGUAUUUUUCCAGUCUUUUCUCUGUUUUUUGUUCGUCCGCGAACAUUUCUGUUGUUUCCCUCCGUUGCUCUGGAACGGCUUCUCUACUUAUUCAAAUAUUUCUCCUCCUUUUGGUUACAAAUUCUGUUGAAGCCAUCGAGAAGGUUUCAGAGAUCUUUUCAAUUUUCAUCAGGCAAUAUUAUCUGGACACGAUCCACUAAGAUUAGUUGCCAGUCUUAAUGAGCAAGCUGAAUGGGCACUUUCUCCUCCUUUGCUCAAGUAAUUUUCGUCCGACAUUUGGCCAUUUUGGCACAAGUUUGGGCGAAUUUUAGGCUUCUCAACAUAAGUAUGCAUCCUGCCCACAAGUAUACAAACUUAUUAAUGGGAGACAUUCGUUCAAGAUGCAUUUGUUAACAAACAUAUUUUUUGUCUGUGUGCUUUUCUCUUCAAGGGUACGGUGGACAUACAAUUCAUCAAACCAUCUGAUAAUGUGAGACUUGAAGAAGGUGACGUGUAUCAGAUGGUAGAAAGCACUUCCUACUUUGAGGCGUACCGUCACGUGCUGAAGGGAAUGCAAGACAUCCAUCCAACUAUGUUACCUUUUCAGGCAUGAGUGAUUCCUCACGUGUAAAUUCGUUAACUGUAGUUCUAAUGUAUAUUGAUUUUAGAUAGAAACUCGGAAUUGCGAAAUUCUACAUUUUUAGCUUGACCGCAUAACUCAGAUGAUCAAACUUUUUAAGAUGGAAUGUAGUUUCCCAAGUUUGUGCACUUUUCCAGUGUAAAAACUGGUAGUUUCUCUUAAUAACGCAUAUUCAACUUUGACAUCCUAUUGUUUACCUACAGAAGUACAUUGUAAAUUGCCAAGAAAAUGUCGAGCCCCCUGCUUAUUUGUUGAGUGAACUGCACGAAGAAGUAACUUUUGACUUUACACCUAUAAUGAAGAACGUUAGCCAGGAUACUACUGAUACUACUGAGAGGUACGAGAGGAAAAACUUCAUGUGUCCUCGUCGGGGGGAGGGGUGGGGGUGAAACACUCUGAAUCAUCGAUUGUUAACUUAACCAAAUAUAUAUUUAUAACAUAACCCGUGGGCGAGACCCAGCUAAUCCCUAAAAAGCCACAAGCUGUGUAUACACACCUUAUUCGAUUUAUUAACAUGUAGUGCGUGCAGAUAUUUUGCAAGUUGCGUAGUAUUUUUCCAAACCCGGGCCCGUAGGGACGAAGAAAAAGACGAGAGGUGAAUAGUAUGUCCGCUGGUAUCUGUAAAUGUAAAACCAUCGAACAAAGGAUUUAUUAUUCCGCUAUAAUUUCAUUUUCAAGUAUUUUGGCCUCUAGUUUUCAAAGUACAUCCUACCGGCGACCUUAACUGAGCAUCGUAUCGAUCGCAUGUGCCGUGUGCGAAAGACUAAAACAACACAAGCUUAAAGGUUCGUUGCUUUAAAAGUCAGACAUAAGAAAAGUGGAUUAAAACCGAAACUACGUGGAAUCGUUCAUUGCGGCCUUUCGUUGUUUAAAAUCGUGGUGCGUUUGUGGGUUACGAUGCCCUAAUAUGGUAAAAGGGCGUAAAUGUGCAAUAAGCCUCUUGUCAUAUUAUGACGUGUGUAGUUUCACCUCAGUUCUCGUCCAGAUUAGCCGCAAGAUUUCAAAACUUUCAUGAUUGUUUUUCUGAUUUACUACGAUCGAGAUAGACCUGGUGGAGCUCAAAAUGAAAACUAAAAAUGCUGCAUGAUACUUGGUGGGUAAAACAAUGAACGUUUGACUUUUCCAAACGACGUAAUUAGCUUUGGAGUCAACGAAAUUCAUUCACAAACGCGAUACGAAUAAUGGCUGGAAAAAGAAAACUUUGUUGAACUUUCGGACUCUUCUUUAUUUGGAACGGUAAAUAUUACUUUUAAGUGUCAACAUGUCCUUAGAGUAUUGUUCAAUAGAAGAUUUGUUUUUCAGAAAUUUCAAAAGAAAGCUCCGCAAUCUUUGGCCGUGAAUUAUAGUAAACAACGAUUCAAGGAUGGUGAAUCUAUCACGCAGGUCUCGUACAUGCAGGAGACUCGUACGUUUUUCACUUCAAGGAAGCAAAUUUAGCAUUUCUUUGAAUAAAACUUUCCUCUCGAAUCAUGUCUUGGUCGUUUCUGCCUUGCCUUCUAUUCACAGUUUUUGUGUGGUAUGCAAUUACAAGGUAAACUCGACACACUUGUGAUAAAACCCUUUCUUCUUUCAAGCUUUCCGUGUGCAUUCAUAUCUCGAUAUACGCAAGAUUGGCAUGAACCAUCAUCAUAUUCACUCAAUAUAAAAAACAAAAAACAAAAAAUUAUUCAGUCAAUUAAUUCUAUGAAUUACUUUAGACUAGUUUAUUUUGAUACCAUUUUAUAAUGAUAUCAUUGUUAUGGCGAUAAAGUACGCCGUACCUGUAAGACUUCUUUUAUUUUCAUCAACAGUUCAGGUACUCUUAAGGAAAACUUGAAACUUCGGCGUGCGCGUUUGAAGGGUAAGUGUAUAACUUGAAUUGUGUGACAUUACCUAACCAUAUGAAGAUUAAUCUCAGGAGCUUGCUUGCACUUUCAGGCUAUUAGUCGGGUAUAUAUCCCUAUUUCUGUGUAUGCUCUAAUGACCUACAGUAAGUUUCUUAAGAAAAUAAUUCACGUAGCAUAAAAUUAGCAGUUUAUUCAGAAUCUGGUAACUCGUUUAACUCUUGGCCCGGUUGUUCAAAGGGUGGAUAAUUCUAUCCAUUAAAUAAAUCUCUAUCCGGUGGAUAGCGCUGUACGUUUUGAUAACUCCUAUCGGCUGGAUAGUAAUUUAUCCGUCGGAUAGCGUUAUUCGUCCUUUGAACAAUGGAUAGAUAUGACCAACCCAUAUGACCAACCCGCAGGUAUUUAUGUUUGGGAAUCAACAGCAGCGAAUACAGAGCCGCUAGGUACAAUUUAUGCUAUGAGUACCCAAGGAAGGUGGGGGGGGGGGGGGAAGAGUUACAUAGAGUACCCAAGGAGUGUAGUCACGCAUUUAAUAAAUUCACCCAUUACGUAAGCUUUAAACGCCAUUUCAUGCGUCACAAAUUUUAAAGGAAAACUUCAAAUCUCUUUUUUCUUGUGGACGAGGUUUCGGGGAAAUCUCGAGGCUUUCACAAAAUGAAAGAAAUUAUUCGCUGGUGACGUAUGUUUCAGGGGACAAAUCACACUUGCCAUUCUGUAAAAUAUACGCGUCACAUAUUAAUUUUGGCCUUAAUCAAGCGUCAAGUAUAAACCAUUUGCCACCCUCUCUUACAAAACUUGUCUCAGUUGGAACUGUUUUUGCGAUUUUGUUUUAAAGGA